AUGAUUCUCCGCCCAUUUUCCCAUCCGAUUCUCCCAGUUAUCACAAAAUUAGCUUUUCUGAAUAUCAAAUUUCAACCGGGGAGGAAAAUGGCGAAUGUUUCCAUGGCGAUGAAACAGUUUUCCCGGCGCAUUUCAACGAUUUCCUCUAAUAACAAUCCAUUCUCCGUCUGCGUCGUCGGAAGCGGUCCGGCUGGCUUCUACACCGCAGAAAAGAUUCUGAAGAAGCAUGAGGAAGCUCGAGUUGACAUAAUUGACCGAUUGCCGACGCCGUUCGGGCUUGUCCGAUCCGGUGUGGCUCCUGAUCAUCCGGAAACGAAGAUCGUGAUGAAUCAAUUUUCUCGGGUUGUGCAAAAUGAUCGGUGUUCGUUCUUUGGGAAUGUAGCUCUUGGAUCUUCGGUAUCUUUGUCGGAGCUCCGUGAUUUCUAUGAUGUGGUUGUGCUUGCCUAUGGUGCUGAAAGUGACAGGGUUCUUGGUGUACCUGGAGAAGACCUGAAGGGUAUUUACUCUGCCAGAGAGUUUGUCUGGUGGUAUAAUGGACAUCCAGAUUACAGCCAGCUGGAUCCUGACUUGAAGAGCAAUGAUACUGCUGUUGUUCUAGGUCAGGGAAAUGUAGCUCUCGACGUCGCGCGAAUUCUGUUGCGCCCGACAGCUGAAUUAGCAUCGACUGACAUUGCAAGCCAUGCUGUGGCUGCGCUUGAAGAGUCUUGUGUAAGAAAAGUUUACUUGGUUGGAAGAAGAGGGCCUGUGCAAGCAGCCUGUACUGCGAAAGAAUUACGAGAGCUUCUUGGUACCAAAGGUUUAUCUGUUAACAUCAAUGAAGCCGACCUUGCAAAAACCCCUGCCGAUGAGGAAGAACUGAGGAAUAAUCGGAUCCAUAGAAGGAUUUAUGAGUUGCUUUCUAAAGCAGCUUCAUCAGGAGCCUCCACUAGUUCAGCUGAACGACAGCUUAACUUUGUUUUCUUUCGGAAACCUGACAGAUUCCUAGAAUCAGAUACCAGGAGCGGUUGUGUUGCUGGUGUUCGAUUAGAGAAGACUGUUGUGAGAGAAAAUGGAGGGAAGCAGGUUGCGAUUGGUACAGGAGAUUUCGAGGAGAUACAAUCUGGUUUGGUACUGAAGAGCAUUGGGUAUAAAUCUGUACCUGUAGAUGGAUUACCCUUUGAUCACAACAGAGGCGUGGUGCCAAAUAUUGAAGGCCGCGUUACAAGUGAUGAUGCCUCAGCUGCUGAUGGAUUGCAGCAGUUCGAGAAGGGGUUGUAUGUUUGUGGAUGGUUGAAGAGGGGUCCAACAGGGAUCAUUGCCACCAAUCUCUACUGUGCUGAAGGUACAGUAAACAGUAUAUCUGAGGAUAUCGAGAAAGGAGUGUUAACUCCUCUCUCCAUUUCUACACGAAAACCUGGAAGAGAAGGCCUGCUUCAGUUACUAGACAGUAAAAACAUCAGAUACGUUCCGUUUGAAUCUUGGGAGAAGAUUGACAAUGAAGAGAAAAGACAAGGAUGGUUGAAGAACAAGCCAAGAGAGAAGCUUACCACGUGGACUGAGCUGAUGAAGACGGCCUCGGACUGA